AUGCCCAUCUACGCAAAUACUCCCGAGUCGAGACUCGGCCGCGCCGACUCAAAAAAUCCUGCGACGACAUGUAGAGGAGUCACCUCCAACGGCCGGCCAUGCCGGCGCCCGAUCACGGCCGAAGAGGCCGGGCCACUCAGUCGCUUGAAGCCCAUCCGCACCGACAACCCGGCCGACGAGAACUCGUAUUGCUGGCAACACAAGGACCAGGCGAGCGCCUCAGCCAAAUCGAGCCCGGGACCUAGGAUGUCCCACAAGCCGAUUCUUGAGGAGCGAAGUAGCAUCGAUACACUAGCAGAUCGGCUGGGUCUUAUCAAGACCCAGUCCGCGAGGCCAUCGAAAGGAAACGGACGCCCGAGCGUCAGUGGGCAGCACCAUCAGUACCAACCACACCAGUCGCGCCCGAAUCAUGCGAAGCAGAAGGAGACCACAUUCUGUUUCUGCUUCCGUAUCCCCGUCGAAGAUAUCGAGCCGCCCCCGCGCCCGAAACCCCAUCCUCUCCAGCAAACCUCGGUGUCAACACCAGCAAGACUGAGUGGAAAGAAGCCCUCAGGGCAACAUCUGGUGCCCGGAUCCACCGGCCAUUCCGGCCGUGGCUCACGCCAUGGCUCCGAAGCUUCCCAGAUGGCGCAAUACAUGCACCUCAUCCGACCCGAUUGCGACCCCCAAACAGCGUCCUUACUCCUCGCCGAACUUGCGAAGCCCGUGUCGCAACAGGACGAGGCCGGCUACAUUUACAUCUUUUGGCUGACCCCCGAGUCCGAACCUGCUACACCGCCCGUCGAAGCCGCUCGCUCGCUACUCGCUCCGCCGUCCACCCCGGACAACCGCGCCCGCCGGCCCAGCGAUGUCAUCGACUCCUUUGCCCGCUCCAUCAUCGAUGACGACGAUAGCUCGGAAGAUGAUGCGGCGGACGAGGGCGGCAGCCGUAGCAGAGGUGUCAAGGGCCAAGCCAAGACGCGCAAGUCCAAGCCCAAGAAGAAAAAGACCAUCCUCCUCAAGAUUGGCCGCGCUACCAACGUCCAGCGCCGCCUCAACGAGUGGCAGCGCCAGUGCGGAUACAACAUAUCGCUGAUCCGAUACUACCCGUACAUCCCGUCGAGUAGUCCCGCCGACACGACAUCGCGCAAGGUGCCGCACAGCCACAAGGUCGAGCGGCUCGUCCACAUUGAGCUGCAGGGCCGGGGUUUGCGUGUGACGGACCGGGACAAGUGUGAAGCAUGUGGGCGGGAGCAUCGUGAAUGGUUUGAGGUGGAGGCAUCCAGAGAUGCGGUGACGGAGGUGGAUGAGGUGGUCCGGAGGUGGUCGGAUUGGAAUGAGGGGUUGCUGUGA